AUGAAGCGUAAUCUGGAACGCGGCAAUCAAAUCAUUACUUAUCCCUCACUGUACUGGAUUUCGAUCUUCGUCGGUAGAAAAAACAACAAAUACUCUGAAGAAUGCUCAACCACGUCAUUUGUCUCCAUACAUGUGGAGAGCGAUUUUCUGAAGCAUAAGCAUGUGCUGUUAAAGCAGAGGAUAGCAACCUAUGGCAGGGUUUCGUGUUUCCAGGCAGCUUAUCGUUUGUGGAAAUAUAUUCGCUCAACUUCUUCAGAAAUGGUUCCAGUUGGCAUUAUUAAGGAUCUCUACGUAUACCCAGUGAAGUCAUGCAAAGGAAUCAGCGUUUUCUCGUUUUUCUGUGAUAAAGAGGGAGCGGUGUCUGGAGAAAAUCGUGAUCGCCAGUUCGUCGUCAUUGACGGGAAGAGUGGCAGAUUCUACAACAGUUCCGUAAAACCGAUGAUGGUCACAAUUGAAUGUGAAGUUCAUGAUGGCAUUCUUAAUGUGAGCACACUUCAAUUUCGGCCUGUUAUGGUGAUAGAUGAAUGCCCAGCAUGGGACGAAGAUAAAUGGUUGGAUUUACAAAUAGGAGAAGUCCGUUUGCAGUGCUUCAGGCCUUGUUUCAGAUGCCUUGCGAUCACUGUCGAUCCAGAGACUGGUGUGAAAGAUAGCAAUGUGCAGCCAUUGAAGAAAUUGCGAGAGUUCCGUUUAGCUCCUGAAGGCAAGAUGCGCAACUGUUUCAAAGAUUCACCUUUGUUCGGAGUGAAUGUUGGUGUUGAUCGACCGGUCGGUUUACUCCUUGGUCACAGAUUUGUGGAUGCUUCAACACUUAAUUUACAGGGAUACGUCCAUGUGGGGCAAACUGUUUACGCUCGAUAUAAAAAAUCGGCUUUCUGA